CUUCAGAAACUCCCACAGAGCAUUGUAGUUAUAAAGUGUGGAGAAGUUUGAGAAGACAAAUCCUGCAUGCCCACGGUUUUCUGCAAUAUGAUGAAAAUAAUGACCUACUUGAGGCAUCUAUUCAUUUUGGUCACAAUGCGAUGCGUCGUUCAGAGUGAAACAGAUGCAAUACGACCAGGAAAAGUGUCAGGUGUGUUUUGCACUUUUAAAGAGAAGUCAUACAGGCCAGGUGAUAGCUGGCAUCCCUAUUUGGAGCCCUUUGGAUUCAUGUUCUGCAUGCGCUGUACGUGCACAGAAUCUGGUCAUGUGAAAUGCAACAGCAUCAAAUGCCCUGUUCUGCGAUGUGAAAAUCCAGUGACUAACUCACAGCAGUGUUGUCCUCAUUGUGCAGAUGAGCACAGAACUCCUGCUGGUCUGCGGGCACCCAUUAAAACCUGUAGGUAUAAUGGAAGCAUUUAUCAAACAGGGGAAACAUUUGCCAACCAUGAGCUCUUCCCAUCCCGUCAGUUGAACCAGUGCGUCAUGUGUACUUGCUCUAAUGGAAAUAUAUUCUGUGCAUUGAAAACCUGUCAGCCCAUUACAUGCUCCUCACCAGUACCAGUCCCGGAUACCUGCUGCUUGGUGUGCAAAGAAAGUGCAAUUGAUAUCAAUUCUGCAUCCUUUGAGGAUGGAGGACAACAAUUGAACAGAGGAGUUAGGCAUUCUGUGGAUCAGUGUGGUGCAGAACAGAUCAGGCUUCGCUCAGUCAGGGCCACGCCAUCGACACUCCGGGGGUCUCCCAGAGGCCUCAACCUACAGACACUACACCUCAAAGGAGCUGCUGAAACUACUGUUAAAAUUCUUCUGCAGCGCAAACAUCAGAGAGCUUGUGUGUACAGUGGCAAGACCUAUUCUCAUGGUGACGUGUGGCACCCAGCGCUUGGGAAGGUCUUGGAGUGCAUUCUGUGCACCUGCAGGGACGGCUUUCAAGAAUGCAGGCGCAUCACAUGUCCCAACCAGUAUCCAUGCCAACAUCCCAUAAAGAUAGAGGGGAAAUGCUGUAAGAUUUGUCCAGAGCUCAAAGCAGAGAGCAACAGGACUGAGUGUUAUCUUGCUCAGGACAAUAACAGUCUCCUGGUUUAUAAAGUUGAACCCUCAUCAGCUGCUCAGUCAGGAGAUAAAGUACGGAUGAUUGCCAUCGAGAGACAAGGAGCCACUGAAGUUGAGGUGCAAGUCUGGAAAACUGUCGAAGGUGUUUUGCAUCUGAUGGAGACAGGUGAUGUUCAGAAGAAAGACCUCAUAGAGCAUCCGGAAAAUUACAUCUUGCUGACCACAUUAGAUGAGGACACUUGGAGAAAGUUCAAAGAAGAAGAGGACAAGCAAAAGGACUUCAGUAAGAUUAGGAGCUGUGAAGACGGGAUCAAGGAAGUGGUGAAGUACUUAAACCCUGAACAGCUGGACAGUCUUUGCACUUCUUAGUCUCCUCCCCGCUCUAACACUGUGCCAUCCCAGUCUGACACUCAUUUUAUUACAAGAAGAACACACUCGCACUCACACAAUGUGCUUGUAGUACAAAACCAGAUGCUGGCAGCAGGUAGUCUAAAGAUCUCGUUUAUUACUAUGAGUCGGUUUAUCGCAAGUCUUUAUGAGUUUGACAUCCCAGAAUUCUUUCUCUUUUUUUUUUUCGAAAGCCUUGAGGUCAGACAUUUUUCUUGCUUUGAUAAAAAUGCACAUUUGGUAAGAAAAAAGUGGGUGAAUAUAUGCUAUUUGGGCUGAAAUUAUGAGGAAGAAAAGGUUUAAAGCAGCCCUCAUCAUUAAUAAAGGAAAUGAUGUUAGUAAUUUUAGCUGGCAUCCACUGUAUGUACAUAAGAGGAAAAACGAAGGAUGAUAUAGACAGCUUAUUGGCCAGAAUGCUUUUAUAAAGUUGACGUAGGCCACAUUCCCCACUGUACUUAGUUAUACACUACUCAUUUAUGUAACAUACAUUAUUUAUUGUAAAGUCAAAGCAUCCAACAUCGUCAUUAUUUCAAAAUAUUUUUUUUUCUGCCUAUCUUCUAUGCAGAAAAUGUUUUGCAUUGUAAUGUAUGUAGCGCGUAUAUUGAUCUGGUUAUGUAUAACUCGAAUGCACUUAAAAUUAUGACAAAUAUAUUGGGCUGAUGACCCUGACAAAACAAUAUAAAAUUACAUUUUGGAGCUGAAAAAUUUCUUUUUCUAUUUGUUUUCAAAAAUAAUUAUGGCCUAAUGCAAUAACUACAUAUAAAAGGGGAUCAUGGGGUUUUUUGGGUUAAAACAACCAUGCACUAAAGCAGGUCAUUAGUUCACAUGAUCAUUGAUACUGAUGAGACUCUUUUCAUAAUGUUGUAAAUGAGCAGCAGACAUUAUGGGAUCUUUACUUUGAGCUGAAACGAACAAUCCGUUGUGGCAUAAAUGGGUAGAAACCUGUUGCGGCCAGUCAACAUGACAAGCUCCUGACAUCGUUUGUUCUUCGGUCGUGCUAAUCACAAUGAACCGAGACGGGCCGCCGAACCCAGAUUGGGGCAGUUCAGGGAGUUGUGACUAAUAUCCCUUCUCUCCAGAUCCCAAAAGCCCACUUUCCUCUUUUGUCACAAUGAGUCAUUGUGCUGGCCGCACACAAAGUGCCAGACGGUGCUGCUCAUCUCUCACUGAAGGCCUGACAAAAUAUUUUGAAACAGAAGCCCCUCAGUUGCAGACCUUAAUAGUCACACAAUGAAGCUGUGAAUUAUUUCCGCUGGCUGUUGGAUCUAACAGUUUCUGGCAAUUUGUUCUCUUUGAACGGCUUUGGAGGGAGGACAAAGGGAAUUUUACUGUGCGCUUUUAUUUCAUUUUCUCUCUUUGUGUAUGUUAGUUUAAGGAGAUGGUCGGACGCCCCGUUUGAUCAAUACGCUGGCCGUCGUUUCACAAAAAGAGCCUUUUGUCACGUCGAGAACCUUUCAAUUCAUUAUGUCAAUGUUGAUUUGAUGGAGUCUGAAAUGGCUUCAGCUCCCUGGGGUUCAACAUUUGCAAAUUUGAUUUUAAACAUAACCCUAUUGGCACCUUCGCUUUUGGCGAAUGGUUGUGAAUUACCAAUAAAUAGCAUUCAGCUAUGCAUGCUUACUUAGUCUUGGCUCUGGCAAUCUGAACAGCUGGGGGCAGUCACUGGGUAUAAAUCAGGUGAAUGGGUCAGUUCUCUGUGUGAGUUUUCCUGCUCAGCUUUGCUUCCCAUUGUUGCACAUAAAAGUGUAAAUGGAGUUAAGUUUUAUAUCGCUGUGAUGUUCUGCAGCUAUUUGAAAGGGGGCUAGUGCUAUUUGCUGUGUUACUCUUGAAUUCGUCCUGUUGUAACACAUUCUGAGUAAAGGCAGGUGAAAAAACUAAACAAAUAUGCAGUGGUGGCACUGUACACUUGAGUAAAAGUACAGAUACCCUAAUAAAAUAUUACUCCAGUAAAAGGACAAGUACUCCUUUUUAAUUUGACCUAUUUUAACUUAAUUCUAUUAAACGUAGAAAGUACUAAUAGAUAAACCAUGUUUAUAUAUUUUGCCCAUUUAUAUAUUCUAUCUUGCAAAAAGCAUAUCUAUGAUAUGACUCAUUCGUAAAUAACUUUUUAUUUUAUUACCAAAACAUACACUAUCAAAACAUUAAAAUUUAAUAUGCUAAAAUGUUUAAUUUA